UGCGUUCCCGAGAGAGCAUAAUAUGUUGCCACGGGUCGGGAUUCACGCUCCAUCCACUUACACGAUUAGAUGGCAUCUGCUUCGCCAUCAGCAGGCGCUCUGCGCCCGAGAGGCGGCGAGGAGACUCCCCAUCUCUCGCGGCGGGAAUGGUGGCAGCAUUGUAUUCGUCUCCUCCAAGGCUUCUCAAAUCGGCUCACCGCACGAAUAUGCGGACUAUGCAGCUAGCAAAGGAGCUGUGGAUUCUCUGACUCUGGGCCUCAGCAAGGAACUUGCACAAGACGGAGUGCGAGUCAACACGGUGCGACUGAAAUACACACGACAACUGGUGAUCCAGAUCGAGCUGAAAGACUUGGAAAGCUGACGCCAAUUGGCCGACCUGGCGAAGCUGACGAAGUGGCAGAGGCUAUCCUAUGGCUGCUUUCACCUGCAACCUCCUACGUGACCGGCUCCUUCAUUGACGUCUCUGGUGGUCGUUAAAUGGCAAGUCCGUAGGAUCGGAUACCUAGCAUAGUGCAUAGGCGCCCGGAGUGAGACUGAGAGACGCUGUGCGCUGCAACAAAUGCAGCCGGCUGCAUGGACGUUUGGACACGAAAGUCAGAUCGGAAGGAUUCUGACCGGCGCCAAGAGAGGCACUCCGCUCCGACCGAGGACUCUGCAUGCAACAUCGGCGCUUGAUCUCGUAUCUGAAACGGUCACCCGGAGCACUACACAUGUCUGAACCAGCGUCUGACUUCUCUUCUUGCAUCCUCUAGUCGGCGGUCACUCAGAAAUGUUCCUCUUGCAACAUCGGAGGUUAAUUCGCAAGUUGCAUUGCAACACUGGCACCAGUCAUCCGAUGGCUAUUCUAGGCCAACAUCAGGAUUGGCAAAGUUUCAAUGUAUCAUCGAUGGCUAGCCGUUUGAAUCUGCUACGAAUACAUCCAGAAGUAUAUAACAGAGGAUCCAGAUGCAUCGCUCGAUCAAGCUUGUCAGCACGAUUAGAGGUCAUCCCCACC